CGUUGACAGUCUGGUUGUUAAAAGUAUGUACUAUUGAUGUGAUAGUACGUAAAGGUACGUUGUAUGAUUGGCCAGCUCUCUUAUGCCCUAUUAGUAAACACUGCUUGCUGGUCGCGGAAGCGGUUGAUUCGCUAUCCGCUGUUGUUUCUUUCCACAGUUUCUAUCAACUGCUUCGGGAGCAUCUUAUUCUGCCUUUGCCAAAAUUGUUUGUUUAGCCUGUCACAAGAUCACUCCUGCAAGGUACACACACUCACAUCAGCCAACAAUUAGUCUGAAGCACCCGUAAAAAGGAAACCAUCUCAUAGUUUCUCACAUAGACUACUAGUCUACUUGGUAGCAUACAGACAAGCGAACAAACGCACAAACACAAACAGACAACUAGCUAUCCAGCAAGCAGGGACCAGUUCACUGGAUCACUUUCACAAAAUCACAAACGGAUACCCAAGCUCAGCUAAUAAGCCAAGGUCACCAUUAUCUGCCUCAGAUACCCUCAGAUACCCUCAGAUACCCCCAUUAUCUUCUCUGAUAGAGCUCUGAUCGAGGAUUCCCCAAGAAGAUACCCCCAUUAAGCUUCGUUAAGCUUUGUUAAGCUACCCAAGGUACGGUAUAUACCCCUUUUUCUUGUCAAGCUACCCAUUACGCUACCCAUACCGGUACAAGAAGAUGCCCCGCAAAGACAAUAAUAAGGACAAAGACAAGGAACGUCGCGAAGUUCGAAGCGAAAGAGGCGAACGACGAGAACGAACAAUGGCAGCUUCGACUCUAUCGCCUCCUUCGCCCACUCCACGAUCUUAUCGACGAGAAGAACAAGACUUGAAUUCCAUUUUGUUUCACGAGCAACUUCAUUCCAGUGCCGAUAACUUGAAAAACAUGGACAUGGACGUCUUUAGCUAUGCCAGCCACCACCAGCACAGUUCUACGGCGUUGGCAUUGGCAGACUUGGCGUCCAAGGUGGACUUGCCGUUGGCAUUGCCUCCUUUGCAACCUCGUCUCAACGCUGCUAGUACCAAUGCUAGCAAUGCUACUAGUACCCACAACGACUACGUGUACGACGACUUUAACAACGACGAAACGUCUGCCGAUGUCGACAUUCUAGAAGCCAUUCAAAAGGGACAAGAACGAGCGCAGCAAGAAACGCAAGAUACCCCGAGAAAAAAGUCACAUUCUGGUACGACUCUCAGUGCUAGUAGUACUAGUACGAGUACGCAUUCCCGCAAGCAACACGAACGUCAGGAACGUCAAGAUCAAGACUUGCAAGAAGAGUACAAUCAUGCCAAAGACAGAAAUCUACUGCUCCAGCAAGCCGUGGCUGAGUACCUGCAAGAACCAAAGCUGAUGCCACACGUACACUUAAACACUCACACGCACUCGACUACCACAUGCAGUAGCACCGGGAGCCAGGACGAUACCACUGACACGAACAGCAGUCCUUCUUCCACAGAACACGAUCGCAAGGAACAACGAAAACGAUCCAGACGCGUUGAAGCCGAACGAAAGCGACGACAGUCCAUUGAACGUAAUCAACAACGUAACCAACGAGACACACAAAACGUAUCCAUGACCAGUGCCACGGAAGACAUGUCCAGUUGCAAUACCAGUACGUGCCAUGAUACAACAACAACCACAACAACAACCUCCAACAACAACAACGACCCCAUGAUGAUGAGCAGCAGCAGUCGUCGUCGUGGUCGUGAACGUAAGAGUUGCACCAAACCACCCGUCACUCGAGGAAACAGUGCACGACAGAGUCUACUCUUGCACGCGGCGGAAAUGAGAUCAUCGUCAUCGUCGUCGCUACUAAGACCUCGUCGCAGUGCUUCCGUGAGAAGCAUCACCAGUACCACUGUCAGCGAGGAACGCGACGACGAAGGAAACAUUGUAACUACCAGCAAGGCACUCUUGAAACGAAAUGAACGCUCUCGAUCUCUCACACGAACCGUCAUUCGACGAGUCAGUCGAUCCCUCAGUAGGUUGCGCACCCGCAUUACCGGAGAGGAAGGACGACGUGGCAAGAGCAUGGAUGGUCAUCAUCAUCGUCGCAAGAACAAGAGCAGUCACAACCGAUCCUCCUCCGACAUGAUGAUGAAAAAGAAGAAAAGUAGCAAAAAGUCCAGGUCCUGCACGUGUCCCAAGGAAUCCGGUGAAAAGGGUGUCGUUAUUAUUCUCAAAUCAUGUCCCAAGCAUGGGCGAAAUGCACAGAAACGAUUGAAAAGUGGAAACAAUGCCAACACAAUUGUGGUCGAAAACAAGUCCGGUCCUGCAUUGGGACGAUCCAGUACCACGGGCAGUGCUACCUGUAGCAGUAGUAGUACGACCAUGACGAUGAGUGCCAGUGAACACAAGGAACGAAGAUCCACAGUUACGAGCACGAGUGCUGGUACUGGUAGUCACCGUCACCAACAACAACAACAGCAACAACUACUCAAGUCCAGCAGCAAACGGAGCCAUCAUCAUCACGGCAGCUCGUGCAGAAAGGAACGAGGAAGACCAAAAGUGAGACAAUCCACCAACAGUGAAAGUCUGGCAGCAGUGCCACGACCAAGUCGAUCCAGGAGCUUGGCCGAGUUCUAGCUAGUUGUGCUGCCUUGUUGUCUGACUACCAACCAACCAGCGUCCGUGGUCAUGGGAGUACGUGCGAUCGAUCGAUCGAUGGCGACCACGGUCAAGUCAUGUGAUGUAUUGUUUGUAUAUUUAUUGUGAUUGGUAUGUGGGUACUCGUAUUAUUGGAUGGCAAAGAGUUGGGUGAACUCGACCGGGAGUACCAAUGACUGACUGAAUUUUUACGUACAAUAAGCAAGAAAGAACGCUGUGUAUUAUUGAUGUGCAUGAAAGAAAGACUGAACCAACCAGCAGCUCGUGAAAUAGUAAAAUGGAAGUAAUGAGCGGUUGAUUUAUUGCGUGGUGAAAGG